AUGGCACCACUGACAAGAGCUAACGCUAAUGCAGCUUCAUCGCAGACGCGACCAGUAGGAUCCCAUGCGAGAGGCUCUGAAUUGGACUCCCAUUUUGAAAUGGGCCAAGUCGAGGUACAUAUGCACAAUGCCUUGAAAGGGGCUCGAGCUUUGCAGAAGGAGCUCACGGCUUUACGAAAGAGAAAUGUUCAACUUGAGAGGAGGCUGAAGAGCAUCGAAGAAGCGGAGGACGUAUCAGUUCAGCCAAAGAGAGGCAAGAAAGUUGGUCCAACCGUCGCGGAGCUCCAGAGUCGCAUACGAGACCUGGAGAAGGCGAGGCAGAAAAACCGUAGGAAGAUCGAAAAACUUCGAGCGAAAGAGGUUAAAGCGGAUGCAGCAGAGCUGGAAGACAUAGCCGAAUUUGAAGUUGGUGAUUCUGCAUAUCGCAUGAGGAAGCUUCUACGGCGUUUUCACGAUCUUAUGGUCUCCAGCUCCAUCGAAGAGGACGAAGAGUGCCCUAUAUGCAUGGAGCAACUUAAAUUGAACAAAUGUGCAAGUCUGCCAUGCGAGCACACGUUCUGCGAGUCAUGCAUUAUGCAGAUCUCUCCGGGCUCAGAUUACAUCACUUGUCCACAGUGUCGUGGCUCGUGUCCUCGCGACGAGAUAGAGGUUGUCCAGUAUACUGCUUCACAGCAAUGGGAUGCACUUCUGGACGUAGCGAAUUCAUGGGCAAAGAUGGAUCUCCGUAGACAUGAAGAUACUAGUGAAGAAGAAGCUGAAGAGGACUUUAUCGAUAAUGGGCAUCCAGAAGCAAGAUCAGCCUCUACUAAUCCUCUUGCAACCUCUCCCGAGGCAGAACCUCUCCCGAAGACAGAGCCGCACCUAGAACUAGUAGCCCCAGCAGUGUCUGAAAACAUACAUCAAGCGAUUCCAACACCGGUGACCCUCAGCAGGAAACGACGGAUAGCUUUCUCGCCGGAGUCAUCGCCAUUGUCACAAGAUUCGGACGAUGAGCCACUUACUGCCUCUGGCUCGUCUAAGCCUGCUCAUAGGUCGGGACACAAUUCUGCGGAACGAGAGUUUUGUGGAAGCCCAUCCAACGCAGUCGAUCUACCGCAUCAGGAAGCCACGGAAGAGACUACAACACACCCACGGCUUAUCAAACCUUUGUAUGCUCAAUCACCCGUCGCGGAAAAGAGAAAGAGACUUGAGAAUCUCGCUGUAGCCCGCAAGCGCAAGAGGCUAUAA